AUGGCAAAGGCGUACUACAUCUGCCUUCGAAAUACAAACGAGGAAGACAAUGGCAAACGAAUUGAAACUUUGCCAGCUGCAUGCUCUUGGACAUUCGCUGAAGAUAAGAGUGACAAAACAUCGUUUACGCGAACCGGAGAUAGCGCCAGUGACAGCCGAGCAGCCAAUGGUCGUUUCCAGCAGAUAACAAUGACGGAAGUCACUCCAGCAGAAUGUGCAAUUAGCAGUUACAACCGCAUUGGUGACAUUCUCUCGGGGUCUUGGGAGCUUACGCAGAGGAUCUUUGAGAAUCUCAGCUUCAGAGAAGUUGCAAGGCUAAGAGCAGUAUGCAGGACUUGGGCAGACGUUGGAGCCAAGAUACUAGAGAAACGCAGAAGACUGCACUACUUGACCAUUCAUCCUCACAGUAUCCCCACCACAGAGGGGAAGGUGACCAUUGGUGAAUUAUCUCCAAGCAGUUUAUUUGAAGGAUUUUUUGAGCACAUUGUUAGCAGACCACGAUAUUGCAUUGGAUUCUGCAAUGAAGAUUGGUUGAGUCGCACUGACAUCUUCAGCAAAAAAGGAGAAAAUGGAAAACUUACCCUCGCUCAGUACCUCCAUGGAUCUCUGCCCAAAACGUGUGAAUUUGGACUGUUCUCGGCCACAGGAAUCAUUGGCACUGUUGAAAACAAUUAUCAAGGACAUUGGUUAGAAUCGGCUAACAAUCUCAAUCACAUAAUUCUCUCCUUUCUGCACGAUGAAGAGAAAGAUGGACAAAAGGCCAAAAGAAGCUGCCGGCGUCGUAGCAGUGAUGAGAUUCAGUCCAGGGAAGAUCUCGCAGAAUCGGCAUCCCCCGUAGUGUCUGAUCAGAGUGCGAGUGCUUCCUCCAAUAACUCAAGUCAAGCCUCAGCUGCUAGUGCUAAAGAGGAGGCGAAUGUUAAAAGGUCCCGGGUUGGUUACAGUAUUGAAGUAGAGGCUAGAUGGAGUACAUCAUUGCGACAAGCAGAUGCUGUGUCUUUACUUUUGAUACCACACCAUCCAGGGGUGAAGUUGAAGUUCUUUAGCAUCAGCAUGGAGAGCUUUCUAAAGAGAUUUCGGUCAGGAAGAGCACUGAAUGAUGUGACAGUAUCUCCAGAAGAGUUCAACAAAAUGACAAGUAUGACACCUGAAGAUGACUUGAAAGCUCUUCUCCUGUUUGAUCUUGGUGCAGAUGAGGAGACAUUCACAGAUGCCUUUUUGCAGGCAGCCCUUGAAAGACAGAACUAUCAACUGGCAAUUGGAGGGGGAGUAGUUGAGAGUCUGCAAUGUGGAGAUAAGAACAAUGGUGAACUCACUAGUCUAGGAGUGGCUAUUAGCGGACCCAACGUCAUGGCAGCUUCAGUUGUCAUUUCAAAAUAUGUUAGCAGUCCCAAAGGACUGGAAUCAUACAUGAAGCAGCUUAAAUCUUGUGGACUCCCAGAGGAUCAGAGUUUAGCAUUUAUGUUUACGUGCUGUGGCCGUGGUUACUCGUGGUAUCGGAGACGAGGCAAUCCGUGGUUCGAUUAUCACAACGUUGAGACCAAGGCCUUUAGACAGGCCUUUCCAAAUACACCAAUCUUUGGCUUCUUCGGAGGUGGAGAGAUUGGUCUGUGUCAUUUCCCGAAAUUUAAUAGCACAGAAGCAGAUGAGGAUGUGGGCGUUAGAUACAAGAAGCGGAAGAAGAAAAAAUUAUUCCAUCAAUUCUCAACAAUUAUUGUUCUUUUAUCAUUCUUGUGAUAAUCUUAAUUAUAUAUGUUUCAUGUACAUUGUCAUAAAAACAAAACAAUUAGCAUUUUUAUUCUUCAUAUUGUAUAGAAUGUUCUGUAAAAACUGUAGGCUUUUUGACUGCUGAUCAACUAGAAAGAACAGGAAUAAUGGUAAAAAGUUUUGCCAUGUUAGUCUGCAGCCAAGGUUAUUUAUCAUGAUAAGAGAUGGUAUCUGUGGGAUAAAGUAUUAAAUGGAAAGAGUAUGUUUUUCAUUAUAUAUAUUUAUAUUAGAGUAUUGUAAUUGGACUUUUAGUCAUUUUGGAAAACUGCUGAAUGCUUUCUUAUCUUAAAUUUGAAUGUCAGUAUAAACAUGUAUCCAUUAUUUUAAAAAUUGUACAUUAUGAACCUGUAAAUUAAUUAGGCAUAAGAGUGUGAAUGUACUUUAUUCAAAUACAGAUAAGAAAAAAAUAUAUGGUAUAUGUAGAUGUAAAGAUAUGAUAAUCUAUUUUGAUACUCCUUUUUAAUAAAUUCUUCCAUUCAGAAUUAGCUGCAUGAAGUUUAUCAGAGAAUCAAGUUCAUUCCAUUGUGAAGGAUUUUUGUUUAGAUUUUUCUCCUUUACGUGUGUGUGCGCGCGCGCACACGUUGUGUGUGAAUGACCUUUUUAAAAGGAGCUUCAAGUGAUAUGUUCAGAUGUAAAAUACAUCUGAAUGUAAUUUUCUUUAUAAAGCAGAGUACUUUAUAGGUAGCUUCACAUUAGGUAGAUUACAUUUUACUUUGAUUAUUGAGUUGUAACCACUAUUAGCGGUCUGAGUUUAAGGUCACUGUUAUAAAGUACUGUAUAUAGUUCCCUCUAGAUUUGUUGUUCCCUUUUAUUAGGAGUACAUCUGUUUUUUUGACUCUAUUUACCAGCAGGAUGACCAAAACAAUUUUAUGAGUGUUAAAACAGUUUUGUCCAAACCUGACAAAAGUGGUUUUGUUUCUUUUUUACAGCUAUAGCAAAAAUAACAGAAUUGUAUUAUAUUUAAUAUCAGUCAAGAAAUAACCUAUGUUCCAAUUAUAUACAGAAAGAUGAUAAUAAAAAUAGCAUUACAGCUACUACAUAUUCCAAUGCUAAUAUGAUUGAUAUUGCUUGUGAAGUAGUUCUUACAAAAUUAAGAACAUUUGAUCCCUCAACAUAGAGUUUGUGGGUUAAUCUAGGGAACUGGAGAAUCAGAAAUUAAAUUUACUAUGCUGUUUGAAAACUAAUGAUUGAGUUAUACACAACUAUAUAAACUAGUACAGGCCAACCCUCAACUUGUCUUGUAAAUCUUAAAAAGAAAGCUGAGGCCACAAUCACUGUAAGAAGACUCAAAAUAAAGGAAAUGCUUUACAA